CAGAAGAAGUAUCCAAAAAUUUGGUUGCCAUGAAAGAAAUUCUGUAUGGCACAAAUGAGAAGGAGCCACAGACAGAAGCAGUGGCUCAGCUUGCUCAAGAACUAUAUAAUAGUGGGCUCCUUGGCACUCUGGUAGCUGACCUACAGCUCAUUGACUUUGAGGGCAAAAAAGACGUGGCUCAAAUAUUCAACAAUAUUCUCAGAAGACAAAUUGGUACAAGAACUCCUACUGUUGAAUACAUCUGCACCCAACAGAAUAUUUUGUUCAUGUUAUUGAAAGGGUAUGAAUCUCCAGAAAUAGCUCUAAAUUGUGGAAUAAUGUUAAGAGAAUGCAUCAGACAUGAACCACUUGCAAAAAUCAUUUUGUGGUCGGAACAGUUUUAUGAUUUCUUCAGAUAUGUCGAAAUGUCAACAUUUGACAUAGCUUCAGAUGCAUUUGCCACAUUCAAGGACUUACUUACAAGACAUAAAUUGCUCAGUGCAGAAUUUUUGGAACAGCAUUAUGAUAGAGUCUUCACUGAAUAUGAGAAGUUACUUCAUUCAGAAAACUACGUGACAAAAAGACAGUCACUCAAGCUUCUCGGUGAACUACUGUUAGAUAGACACAACUUCACAAUUAUGACAAAAUAUAUCAGUAAACCUGAGAACCUGAAAUUAAUGAUGAAUCUUCUACGAGACAAAAGUCGUAACAUCCAGUUUGAGGCCUUUCAUGUUUUUAAGGUGUUUGUAGCCAAUCCUAACAAGACACAGCCCAUCCUUGACAUCCUCCUCAAGAACCAGACCAAACUCAUAGAGUUCCUCAGCAAGUUUCAGAAUGACAGGACCGAGGACGAGCAAUUUAAUGAUGAGAAGACCUACUUAGUUAAACAGAUCAGGGAUUUGAAGAGACCAGCUCAGCAAGAAGCCUAAUUUCCAGUAAAUAUCUAAAAUAUUAAAUCCAAAUUCAGCAUUUGCUGUUAGCUAUUCAGCAUCAGGCACUCUUAUCGAUUCAUGAGGAACAUUACUGCUAAUCUGCUGUUAAGUGAACGGUUUUUCAUUUUCCCUUUUUGUUUUUUAGUCCAGGUUGGAGAACGUAGCUGCUGACACUUGCACACUAGAGCACACAUGGGCUUUUUCUUGAUCUUUGUGUCACUUCAGAAUUCAAAGACUCCAUUUGCUAUAGGAGUUCUGACGUGACAGGGUUCAUGAAGGCAAAUGUAUAGAUGAGAGUGUGGUGUGGGGAAGAGGGCACUGAUAUUACCAGAUUAAACCUGCAUGUUCGCCUUCACCUCUAUUGAAGUCCACGCACGGUGUGGCACGCGCACCAGGCAUCCUCACAGCCACUGGACGCCUUGGCUCAAGGAUGGUUGCGCCAAGCUAUAUUUGAAAUCGGAGGGGAACUGUACCAAGAUGUGAGCUUUGGGGGCAGAUAAAGUUGACGUGCGAAUACAUUGAUACUGAAACUUAACUUCUCAAAAGUGUGAAGCUUCGUAAGGUUAUAAGAAAAAUGUGUAUAUGCUUUUCACAGCUUUCUAGAAUUUUUUGACAUUUGAUUUUCUUGAGACUUGUAAACCUGGAUAUGUUGAAGGGUAUUUGUUAAUUUUACUUUUUGAAGGUAUUUUAAAACAGUAGAGCUAGCAACAAUGCCUUGCAUUUCAUUUCAGCACUGCUUACAGGUUUCUUUUGUAUAUACUUUUUAGAAUGCUCAUUUCUUUUAAAUGGUUUAAUUUGUACAGCAGAGGAAUGUUAUUGUAGUAGUAUGUAACUAUUACCUAAUACUGAGUUUUUGCAAAAAAAAAAAAAAUGAAUGCUCAUAUGUAAUUGAAAUACUUCAGAACACAUGAAAAUGCUGAUUUAACAUUUAAGUAUCACAGCAUUAAAAGAAAAAAAGUAAACCAAA